CGGAGCCGCCGGAGCCGCCGCAGCCGCCCCGGGCCCAGCGCUGCCCCAGCCCGGUCCGGAGCCGCGCCGCUCCCCCCGGGGCCGCCAGCAUGUCCAACAUGGAGAAACACCUGUUUAAUUUGAAGUUUGCUGCCAAGGAGCUCAACAGGAACUCCAAAAAAUGCGACAAAGAAGAAAAGGCUGAGAAAGCUAAAAUUAAGAAGGCCAUUCAGAAGGGGAACAUGGAAGUGGCGCGGAUCCACGCGGAGAACGCCAUCCGCCAGAAGAACCAGGCCAUCAACUUCCUGCGCAUGAGCGCCCGCGUGGACGCCGUGGCAGCCAGAGUCCAGACUGCUGUCACCAUGGGCAAGGUAACGAAGUCGAUGGCAGGGGUGGUGAAGUCUAUGGAUGCCACCUUGAAGAGCAUGAACUUGGAAAAGAUAUCUGCACUAAUGGACAAAUUUGAGCAUCAGUUUGAGACACUGGAUGUUCAGACACAACAGAUGGAAGACACAAUGAGCAACACUACAACAUUAACGACGCCACAGAACCAAGUGGACAUGCUCCUGCAGGAAAUGGCAGAUGAAGCAGGCCUUGAUCUGAACAUGGAACUACCUCAAGGACAGACAGGUUCUGUUGCUACAAGUGUGGCCUCAGCAGAGCAGGAUGAGCUGUCACAGAGACUGGCCCGCCUACGUGAUCAAGUCUAACUGAGCAGAGCUGCAGUUCUUUGGACCUGCUUCCAAAUUCCCUGUCUGGAACUAACCCUGCACUGCACUCAAGGCGUAAAACAGUCCAGCUUAGGUGUUUGAAUAUUUGUAAUAUAGGGUACUUCACUCCCAGCUUGCUACUCUUUCUGAAAUACAUUAAGUGACCCAAAAAUACCAGCUCUAAUAUCCUUUUCUCUACAUUUUGAAGUCGAUCUAAUUUUGCAAGCUUUUUUCACAAAUUCAAGUUGAUGUUCUAAGUCAGCUACUAAUGGUGGUGCAUUGUAGUUCCAAGCAGAGUGUCAGUGAGAUGUAUUUUAAAUUAUGAAGUGAUGUUUUUUAAAAUUAUGAGGACUUUUUAUGGUUGGAGAGCUGAUGUAUCAGUUCACAUGGUUGUUGUAGGUAAUUUUCUUACAGAGCCAAACUCCUGGAACACGCAGGGAUGGACAGCGUGGACCUCUUGAAAAAUGCACUUGUUGAAACAAAUAAGUGGACUUCGAGUUUUUUAGUUUUUAAAAGUUGUGAUAAAUGUGCUGAAAUUAGCAGUUCAGUUCAAAAAUGAGUUACCAAAAGCUGAUUUCAUAUAACUGGGGACUUAUAUGGUGGCAUCACUUUAGCACAGGAGGAAUAAAAUAUAUUUUUGGA